AUUCCAGGACACCGACAGGUUCAGGACGAGUUGAGUAGUGAACUCCAAUUGAAUAACGAAGCGUAGUAUAAUCAGGACUUUAAAGACUUCGAGUUAGGACCGCAGAGAAUAUAGUUUGUUUUUAUAUUUGUUUUGCCAUACUUGAAACGGAAGUAGUCAAAAGGUUACGUCGGCUCUCCCAGUUUACGUAAAUCUGCACAUGCGCAGCUCGGACCGAUCGGAAGCCCUUUUUUGCCUAGCGUUGAUCGACUAGCAUCAAACGAGCCUCAAGAUGCAGCUCUUCUUGCGUGCCCAGAACACCCACACCCUUGAGGUGACGGGUCAGGAGACCGUUGGAGCUAUCAAGGCCCACGUCCAGGCUCUUGAGGGUCUCCUGGUUGAAGACCAGGUGCUGCUGCUCGCCGGUUGCCCACUGGAGGAUGACCUCUCUCUGGCAUCUUGUGGAAUCUCUGAGCACUGUACCCUGGAGGUGGCUGGAAGGCUUCUUGGAGGCAAGGUCCACGGUUCUCUGGCCCGUGCUGGUAAAGUGAGGGGACAGACCCCCAAGGUUGACAAGCAGGAGAAGAAGAAGAAGAAGACCGGCCGGGCUAAGCGUCGCAUCCAGUACAACCGGCGCUUCGUCAACGUGGUGCCCACCUUCGGAAAGAAGAAGGGACCCAAUGCCAACUCCUAAGUGCUCUUUAUAGCGCCUGGGCGGAGAUGACUUGCAUUCACAUCACAUCUUUGUUUACCAAAUGAAAUGUUUUCCUCUGCACAGAAUAAAGAUUUGACUUGGUGAACAAAUCA